AUGAUGAAGUCAGUGCUGUGGAUCCUGGCCGCCGUGUGCCUGUCGGUGCACGCCGCGCACCUGCCCACCCAGACCGCCGACAAGACGCUCCUCCACCAGCAGAGGGACAUCUACGAGCUGUUCUGGCACGUCGACCAGCCCACCGUCUACAUUCCCAAGCUGAUCGAGAAGUCUCGCACCUUCAACAUCGCCGAUAAUGUCAACAACUACGAGGACCAGGAAGCCAUAACGGAAUUCAUGAGCAUGUUGCAACAUGGAAUGUUGCCACGUGGGAAAAUCUUCACGUUCAUGGACCCGGCGAUGAGGCACGAGGCCAACAUCCUGUUCCGCGUGUUGUACAGCGCCAACUCGUACAACACCUUCUACAACACCGCUGUCUGGGCCAGGUUCAACGUCAACGAGAUGAUGUUCAUCUACUGUCUGAGCUCCGCCGUCAUCCACAGAGCUGACCUCGCCAACGUCAGGCUGCCCCCGCUGUACGAGGUCAUGCCUCACCUGUACUUCAACGAAGACGUCAUGCUUAUGGCCACUAGGGUCGCCAUGGGCGAAACUAUGGAACCAAGCAAGGUCGUCGGUGGCGUAAGGCACUUCGUCCUUCCAGCGAACUACACCAGGAACUGGCUGACCACACAGGUCAUUCCCGAGCACAGGUUGACUUACUUCACCGAGGACGUCGGUCUGAACUCCUUCUACUACUUGGCCAGCAAGAACUACGAACACAGCAUGGCCUUACCGGCGACUACUGUUCGUGCCCAGGAACGCGGAGAAUACUACUUCUUCCUUCACAAUCAGCUGUUGAACAGAUACAAGAUGGAGAGACUUUCAAACCGCUUGGGCGAGAUCCCAUCCAUCAACUCUGACAGGCCAAUCGUCACUGGAUACUACCCCAAAAUGCGCUUCCCUAAUGGCCUCCGCUUCCCAGUGAGAGAAACCAACGCUGUCGUGCCUCUCCACAUGCAGCGAAAGAUUCAGCUGCUGAGAGACCUGCACACGAGACUCUCCGCCGCCAUUGACGCCGGCUACCUGAUCAACCGCAACGGAGACCGCAUCAACAUCUACACCAAGAAAGGAUUGAACCUGUUGGGAAACACUGUCCAGGGUAACGCCGACAGCGUCAACAGGCGCCUCUACAAAUCGAUUGACCUGGUCGCCAGGGAGGUCUUCGGGUUCGGCGAGCUGGCCACCAGCAAAUACGGAACCGUGCCCAGCGCGCUUGGCUUCUUGAGCACCAGCAUGAGGGACCCUGUCUUCUUCAGCAUCUACAGGAACAUUCUCAGCUACUAUCACAAGUACAAGGAGAACCUGCCCACUUACACGAACAAAACUCUGAUGUUCCCUGGUGUCCACAUCCAAUCGAUGCGCGUCGACAAGCUCGUCACCUACUUCGACACCUUCAAAUCCAUGCUGAACAACGGCGUGCCGAUCCGCAGUCAAAAGGAAGCCGAGAGCAUGCUGCUCCUGGCUCGCCAGCAACGACUCAACCACAAACCCUUCACCUACCACAUCGACGUUGUCAGCGACAAGGCAGUCAAGGGUAUGGUCCGCAUCUUCCUCGGACCGAAAUACGACUCGAACGGACACGAGCUCCAACUCGAGGACAACUACAUGGACUUCAUGGAACUCGACCAAUUCAGCGUUGACCUGAAAGUUGGACACAACAACAUCGAGAGGAACUGCGACGAGUCCAUCUACGUCUCGCGCGACGAGCUGCCCAGCCACUCCUUCUACAAGAAGAUCGUCGACAGCAUCGAAGGCACCGACACCCUGACCUACACAGGCAUGCCGUACGGUUUCCCUGACAGGUUGAUCCUCCCCAGAGGCAGAGCAGAGGGUAUGCCGCUGAAAAUGUUCGUCUCGGUGACGCCGAUCGACGAGACCCAAGUGGAGAGCAUCCCGUCGCCGAUCUUCGGCACACUGCUCACCGAUGGACAGCCCAUGGGAUUCCCCUUGGACAGACCAGUCGACUGGGCACACCUCAACCUGACCAACAUCCUCGUCAAGGACGUGCUCGUCUAUCACACCGAGGAGCACGAGCUGAACGUGCCGUCCAAACGCGACUUCGAAUAA